AUGACUCAAGAGACUUUCUCGCACACCACAACCAGGAAGGUUAUCAAGUCUCAGGCUGAUUACAAUGCACUUCUUGUUGAACACGCUAAUGUUCCUCAUGAAGAAAAUGAGAAGCUGUUAAGCAAUAUAAAGGCAAUGAGAAUUAUACGGUUUGCUCUUCCACCGGAUACCUUUCGUCUUGUAAGUACAUGUACUACUUCAAAGGAAAUAUGGGAUAGAUUGAAGGAGUUGUAUUCUAAAGAUGCAGAUCUAGAACACUCUUUGCAAACAACUCUCCUGUCUGAGUUUGAUUCAUUUGUUCAGAAACCUGAUGAGAAGCUUGACCAAACGUUCAAUUGCUGCAACCACUUGCUGAGUAGAAUGCUUAAAUAUAAUAUUGAGCGAAGGUUCAUUGAACAUAAAGUGACGUUUAUGAAUGGCCUUAGGUCAGAAUGGAAAGCGAUUGUGUCCACUGUGAAGGCACAUGAAAAAUUCAAGAGUUAUUCUCCAGCGAUGCUUGUGGAAGGGUGCAGUUCCAGUUCCAACAAGGCUAGAGAUGACGUUUCAAGAACUCUCAAGCUGAUGAAGAGAAAAAGGAGAAGAAAGUUUUUGGUGAUUCUGGCUAUGAAUGCAAUUAUUGUCAUGGCAAGAAUCACUUUGCCAAUAAAUACAUUGUUGAGGAGGAUGAAUGAGAAAAAAUCUUACGCAAUUGACGGAGGUCAAAAUUCUGAAAGUUGUUUUGCAGCAAAGACUGUUUCUGAGCGGGUGUCAGAAUGCGAGAGGGUCAUCGAUAAGUUGCAUCUUGAUUGUGAAAUAGGAAAAGGAUUGCACAAUACGGUUUUGCCCUUUCUUGAAUUGAAAGAGGAUGAAAUCCACACAGAUGGUUAUAAGUGCGAAUCCAUCAUCUCUUCUGAUGAGGAUAAAGACCAAAUUAAAUCUGAUACUUUGCAAAAAUUUGACUUGUUAUGCAAUAAAUUAAAUUUAGAAAAUACUUUUAAUACUGGAAAUGUUUUUGAAUUUGAUGAAAGCGAUAUGAGUGAAAUUUUUGUGGAGGAUGAAAUCGAUUGUUCUGUUUUUGUUCAAAAUACCGAAGAGCCAAAGAAAAAUUUGAUUUCUGAAAAUUCAAUCGAAUUCAUUUGUAUUGUUGAAAAUAAAGGCUCUAAAGUUUUAAAUGAAAAAGCCACAAUUUUUCUGAAAGUACAAACAGUUCCAAAUCAAGUUUUUGUGAAAAAUGGACUGACUAAAAAGGAUACUUUAGAACUAACGUCCCUUGUUAAUAAUGAUAAUGUUGAUGGUUGUGAUGAAUACUUCUGGUUUGGACCAACAGAAAACGUAGAUGAAAUAAAAAGUCUUUCUGAAAUGACCUCAUGGAAAACAAAAGGAAAAUACGUUUCGAAACCACUGAAUCGUGUAGACCUUCGUUACGAUCAGGCAGGGCCAAGUGGCAUGAAUGAUUUCCCCAGUGAAACAUAUUCUAAACAACAGGAAACACCAGAUGGAAAAGAGAAACAUAAGUUUAAUGUUUAUAUGUUCGCUGAAGAAAUUGUUGCUAAGAAAAGUUCAAAAUACGAAUUCUUCUCCAUUCAGAAACCAAAAUCAAAACCUUUUUCGAAACCACAAAUUUCAAAACCUCAGGCAAAAAGUAAAGUUGUUUCGGAACGAGAGAUUUCUCUCAAAGAAUAUGAAGCUAACUUGAAAAAGGAGGAAAAGGAAUUUGCGAAAAAGAUGGCUAAGAAAACCAAAGAAUUUAUUCAACGAAAAGCUAAUGUAGUUGAAAUUUAUCUUGGUACAGGGAUAAAGGUGUCAUUCGAUGAUGAGGGUUCAGAAAUAAUUGAGAAGAAACCUAAGGCGGUACUUCUGAAAUCUAAAAGAAAGGGAGAGAUGUAUUCACUGAACUUGAAACCGAUCAACAGGAAGCCAUCCAAUAACCUUCUUACGAAAGCAUUUUCGGAUGAUAGUUGGCUUUGUCACCAAAGGAUCUCCCAUAUGAAUUUCAAGGAUAUUAACAAACUCGUUCUGGGCGAUCUUGUUUGUGGUAUACCCCUUCUGAAGUUUGGCAAGGAACAUUUGCGUGCUGCAUGUGAGCUUGGAAAGCAGAGUAGGACGAGUCACUCAACCAUCAUCAAUACCAAAAUAAUAGAGCGACUAGAAUUAAUGCAUAUUGACUUUUGUGGUCCAUCUGCCAUCAAAAGUAUUGGUGGUAAUAAAUAUAUCUUGGUUGUUGUUGAUGAUUUUUCCAGAUUUACUUGGAUGUUCUUUCUUAGACAGAAAUCAGAUGCUACUCUUAAGCGAAAAGAUUUCAUCAAGCAGAUAGACCUUCAAUUAUGA